UGUUCAAUUCAGUCAGUCCGCCGCGAGCUGUUGUGGGGGUACGUUGUUGCUCAGAACGCAUUUGCGCAACGCCCGUUUUAUUUAAAUAGAACUGUAACAAAUUUGAAGAACAAUACGCCAAAUAAUUAUAACAUAAACUGUGUAAUAAAUAUACGUUAGUGUAAGACUUAUUUUAAUAGAAGUGAAGUGUUAUUUCGCGAUCGACGCGAUAAUUUCUUAGGUAAAGUCGCUGAAGUGUGAAGAGUCACCAUGAACGGUCUCAACGGUCACGUAAACGGCGAAGUGAACGGCGCUGGCGACAUCAUCACGCAGAACCAGCAGCGGGGCUGGUGGACCAUCGGCCUGAUCAACUCGAGGUACCGGUACCUCACCGCGGAGACCUUCGGCUUCAAGAUCAACGCGAACGGGACGAGCCUGAAGAAGAAGCAGAUAUGGACCCUCGAGCCGGCCACCGGGAACGCUAAUGACAGUAUGAUCUACCUCCGCUCGCACCUGGACAAGUAUCUGGCUGUAGACUCGUUCGGGAACGUCACCUGCGAGUCCGAGGAGAAGGAGGCGGGCAGCAAGUUCCAGAUCAGCGUGUCUGACGACGGCUCUGGUCGGUGGGCGCUUCGCAACGUGGAGCGAGGCUACUUCCUGGGCUCCAGCUCGGACAAGCUCACCUGCACCGCCAAGGUGCCGGGGGAUGCUGAGCUGUGGCACGUGCACCUGGCUGCAAGGCCACAGGUGAACCUGCGCUCGAUCGGGCGCAAGCGUUUCGCGCACCUGUCGGAGAGCCUGGACGAGAUCCACGUGGACGCGAACGUGCCGUGGGGCGAGGACACGCUGUUCACGCUGGAGUUCCGCGCCGACGAGGGGGGCAAGUACGCGCUGCACACCUGCAACAACAAGUACUUGAGCGCUGCUGGCAAGCUGCUGGACGCGUGCGCGGCGGAGUGCCUGUUCAGCGCGGAGUACCACGCGGGCGCGCUGGCGCUGCGCGACGCGGCCGGCGCCUACCUGGCGCCCAUCGGCUCCAAGGCGGUGCUGAAGACGCGCUCCACGGCCGUCACCCGGGACGAGCUGUUCUCGCUCGAGGACAGCUUGCCGCAGGCCGCCUUCGUCGCCGCACUCAACGAUAAAUACGUCUCCGUCAAGCAGGGGGUAGACGUAACGGCGAACCAGGACGAAAUCUCGUCGCACGAGACGUUCCAGCUGGAGUUCGACUGGGCCACGCGGCGCUGGUACAUCCGCACCAUGCAGGACCGCUACUGGACGCUCGAGACCGGCGGCGGCAUACAGGCGUCCGGCGAUAACAAGUCGUCGAACGCGCUGUUCGAGCUGGAGUGGCAAGGCGGCGGCUCGGUGGCGUUCCGCGCCAACAACGGCAAGUACGUGCUCACCAAGCGCUCCGGCCACCUGUACGCCAGCGCCGACGCGCCCGACGACAACUGCAAAUACUACUUCUAUCUCAUUAACCGGCCAAUCCUGGUGCUGAAGUGCGAGCAAGGGUUCGUGGGGCCGAAGGGCGUGCGGCUCGAGUGCAACAAGGCGCACUACGAGACCAUACAGGUGGUGCGCGGCCCGCGCGGAGCUGUCUACUUCAAAGGUUCGAACGGCAAGUACUGGCACGCGGAUAGCGAAGGAGUCACCUGCGACGCUGACAGUCCACAGGGUUUCCACCUGGAGCUCCGCGAGCCGACCCGGCUGGCGAUCCGGUCGGCGGACGACGCGCGCUACCUCGCCGCCGCCAAGAACGGGAACUUCCGCCUCGCCGACACCGCGCUCUCCUCCGCCACGCACUGGGAGUACUAGACCCGCCGCAGUGCACCGCGCCACACACACUGCAGUACACUACACUACCACACACGUACAGUACAUUCAAGUGUAACACAUAAAACCGUGCAUAUAUUAAACAAUAAAACAGUGCAUUAAAUUACAAUUCACUGCAGUACAUUGUAAUACAAUACACUAAACGACAGCACACUACACUUCACUAACGUGCAAUACCCAACUGUACAGAACAGUGCACUACACUACACUACACUCUAACACACUAGACUGUACUAUAGCACACUGGGGAUAGUGGAACACACGAUCAACUUGUCAAACUUACAAUUAACGCUAUUUGGUUUCAUUAAUACGCAAUAAAACUCGAUACAAACUGUAUUCAUAGUUGAUAAAGGACAUUCCUCUAUUUCCAGUGUAAUUAACAUAUUUAAAUGUUUGUGUAAAACUGUACCCCUUUUGUUUUAUGAAUUUUAUUAUACAUGUGUAAUGAUACAUAUUGAUGUAAUUAAUGUAAUGUCUGUUACUGCCGAUAAUUGUAGAAAUGAGCGAAAAUCCUCUUGAAAUUUUCAAUAUAAGAUGUACUGCAAAUUAAGAGGCUGGAAUCAAUUGCGUUGGAUGUCAAAACGGAACCGUAACUAACACAAUACUCUUCCAAUAGCUAUUUAUAAUCUAAAUUAUUUAAUUUUAUAUUUAAAAUUAGGCGAGGAACUUAAUUUUAUCGUUUACGAUGAUUUGAUCGGGCGCGCGUUGACAGAUAACGCGUUUCUUGCUGACGCCAUUUGGCGCCGCGCGGCGACAAGAUGGCGGCCGAACGAGCCCAACGGCCGAUUUUGAAAGGAAUCCGCCGCCUGGUAGCAUAAAAAUACACAAAAACAGGAAUGUCGGCAAUACUUGCGCAUUGCCGUGUCACAUUUCAAUAAAAAAAAAAGUUAACUGGACGCGCCCCGACGCGCAUUUAGUAUGGUUAAGGUAUUUAUCGCAGAUUUGCGAAUGUGAUCGUAUGGAAAUAUCGCUUGUAAUCAUAGAAUAUUUUUAUCGCUAGAUCUGCCGUCACGAUCGCUUACGAAUUAUUAUUUUUAUGUUCCGUGACGUGUCUUCGAAUCGCUUGCAUAAUUUAUUUAUUGUGGAUCUGUCGGGAUCGUGUAUUCGCAAGUAUUUAUUGGAUGUCGUAGCGUCUAGUCGAGGUCGCGACGUCCGGCGGCUGCCGCGGUCCGCAGCGCCGAGUCUGGCUCGUAACGUGUUUAAGCUAGUUAAGUUAAUGUAAGUAACGUCGGUAUAGGAUUAAGCUAAGCCGCUCCCGUGUGGAUGUCCAUUCCAAAAAUCUACAUUUUUUAUCGAUUUUUUACGAUUUUUACACGUUUUUAACUGGUGCGUGACGAGUUAAUCCGUAAGUAUUUGGGAGGUUUGAUUAAUGAGUAAAAUAAUGCAAUGUGAAAGCUGAUCCUACAUUAUGAAUAUUUGUACGAUAAUGUCUUUGUAAACUAUUAAUGAAUAAAUUAUAAUCAUAUUGUA